AAAUAUAAGCUAGUGUGUAUUUUAUCUUAUCAACUAGACUCUCUCAUUCACUACUGCAUGACCAUCGACCACCAAGAGUGUCAUUUAAUUAUGCACAGAUCAUUCCAUCAUUAUUAAUAGUCGUCUCUCAACCUCCAAUUCGUCAAAUUAAAGAUUACCAAUGACAAGAACUUGAGAUGUCUCCCCUCCUCCAUUCUCCUUAAUAAUAUCCUAAUUCAAGACUCUUUGCUUAAUAAUUUCCCCCUAAAUUAAAAAAUAAUAUCUAAUUUAUAUAUUUCAUUAUUAUUGCAAAGGUGAUUAAUUUCGUAUUCGAUAAUACCGAUUGGGAUACCGAAGUACCGAUUGGAAUACUGAAAUAUUUAGGGAUUGGGAUUGUGAUUCCGAAAUUAUUUAGGGAUUGGAAUUGGGAUGGACUUUAUGGUGUAAUUCGGUAUUCGGAAUUUCGAUAUUUGGUAUUGGAAUACCGAUAUCGUACCGAUUUCCACCCUACUUAGCAGCAGCACGCCGUAUACGAAGCGUUUCAAGCGUCAUGCUCCUUUGCACUUGUCUGAAAUUAAAGAAGAAGCGGUUAGCAAUAGCAUGCAACUUGCAAGUGGGUAGUACUUGGGCAGCGGGCCUCCACCAUCAAGAUCAGGGAAUAGGUUACGGCAGCAACAGCUUUUAUUCCGGAGAUGGAUAAAAUUGAUGGCUGCUUUCCUCAGGGGUCGGUCAUGUCUUCCUCUUCUUCCCCCAAAGUUGCGCCAUUUCCUUGUUUCGGUUCGAGUGAGUGGCCAACGCAAAACCGUGCCCAUCAUCCGCACUUCCUUUCUAUUCAAUUAUUCAGCCCUUUCUUUCUCCACCACCACCACCAUCAUCAUCUUUAUUUGUUUACCUUUUUCCACCUUCCUUUCCUUCCUCAGCACUUGCCUCCCUGUCUCUCCAAAUUAGUGGCAACUCAGCUUACCAUCACCUCACCUUCCCCCAACCCAUUACUUCUUUUUCCUUUUUUUUUUCUUCUGCAUUUCCAUUUCGUGUACUCAUAUUUACUCUCUUGUUUGUGGUGUUAUUAUUAUACUCAGGGUAAUGAAGAUUGCUUCAUUCUAUUGUUGCUGCUGGGUUUCUUUGGCUUCCACCAAUAAUGGCAUUCUCUGCUCGCUUUUCUCUCCCUCCUCCAAUCCCUCGCAAGAUUGAUUGCUCGAAGCAACAGGCUGUGAGAUUGACUUCUCUCAGGGCACUUCACAAACCAAACGCACUGUCAUCUUCACUCAACAGUAAGGACACUGAACUUUUCGGCCAGAGGCUUGCAAGUGUUGGAGGCAACAUAAUUAGGAACUGGACUUUUGUGGGCGGUUCAAGAAUCGCCGUUCAACCAAAGCUAGUCAGACUCUUUGUUUCCCAGAAAAGCUCGUCCACAGUAUAUGCCUCGUGGUGGACAAAUUCUCAGAUUGCAAACAAUGUGUUUACAUUGGGAACGGCUGCUGUUCUCCCAUUCUACACCCUUAUGGUUGUAGCACCAAGAGCACAACUAACGAGGAAGUCCGUCGAAAGUAGCAUACCUUACGUAGUGCUGGGGCUUCUUUAUGCUUAUCUACUGUACCUUUCAUGGACACCUGAUACUCUGCAGCUGAUGUUUGCCAGUAAAUACUGGCUACCUGAGCUGCCCGGUAUAGCAAAGAUGUUCUCCAACGAGAUGACAUUAGCUUCAGCCUGGAUUCAUCUUCUCGCAGUGGACCUCUUUGCUGCCAGGCAGGUGUAUAAUGAUGGAGUGCAGAAUGGAAUCGAGACCCGGCACUCAGUUUCACUCUGCCUGCUCUUCUGUCCCGUGGGGAUCCUGACUCACUUCGCCACUAAAGCACUAACCAAGGGUGCUGCAGAGUAGUACAAAAUGCUAACUGCUAGCUAUUUGUUCGUUGCUGCAUUAGAAAGCAGUCUGUUUUGUUUUGUGUUGCAACGACAGCUCCUUUGUUUGAGUGAUGUUAUAUGUUGCGUUUGCCAGUUUGAAUGAAAAUUUGGUUUCAAGAUCUUAUGAUUUAUGUAGCGUUUGCAUCUGUUCUUUGGCUGUACUUAACACUGGAGAUGGUCAACGUUAAAACGAAGAAAAAAAAACCGAAAAACAGAACUUAACAAAAACGCCGUUGCCGGGGAUCGAACCCGGGUCACCCGGGUGACAGGCGGGAAUACUUACCACUAUACUACAACGACCAGUUGAUCAUAUGUGCUUUAAAUUUUUUAAUUUACAUAAAAACGUAAGGCAAUG